CCUUGCUGUUACAAUUAAUCGAAAACGGUACACUUGUAGAAGGUCGUUAAGAAGACUUGACAUUUCUUCUUCCUUCUAUACAGCUUAUUUAAGUCGAAGUCCUCCUACGUAGGAAAUUCACUUACUGAAUCAUUGAUUCUUCGUUAACAUACAGACACGGCUGUGUGCUCUGAUAAAAAGUUUAAAACCGUAAGGUCAUUAAUUACAUGUUAGAUACUACUGAUCACUGAAAAAUCCUCCACUUCUAGUGACCGAUUACAAACCAAGGCGGUUGGAAACGUUUAACGUGUCAGCAAAUAAAAUACAACAUAUCUAAAUUCAUGAUGUCACAUAAUGAAGUUGCAGGUCCUUUUUUAUAUCUUUCAACAAAAGUCACUAUUUUCGAGCCUCCAGGGCCGCUAAACAGUGUGUUUUUUGAUGAUGCCGGCAAACAUAUUUUCACCCUCAGGUCACGUGGUACUAUGGGUGUGAAUGUCAAAUCCGUUGUGGAUGACACCAUACUAAAUUUCCGCAUAGAUGAUCAAGGUGAAGUUCUGAGCAUCAAAUUUUCGGAGGAUAAUCGCGUCUUGGCAAUACAGCGAAAUAACCAGUCUGUUGACUUCUUAAAUUUUAAGGAUAACUGUCCCACUGGUGCUCAGUAUUCUCAAACUUGCAAGAAUAAAUCGGCGUCACUUUUGGGAUUUGUGUGGUGUUCGAACUACGAGAUUCUUUUCAUCACUAAUGAGCAGCUUGAAUUAUAUCAGGUCUUGACUGACAGAAAUUCUGUUCGUUUGAACAAAUGUGUAAGCCUGAACACGGAUUGGUUUCUAUGGAAUCCCGAUACUCGCAUUUGCCUCACUUGCGGUCCAGAACAAAUGUUGCACAUUUUUAACUUAAAGACAUCGGCUACGAUCGCAAAAGGACCAAAGUUUCAGUUACCUACAUCCACAGAUACAAACUCAACUCCUAUAGCGGUUGAACGAAAGCACUGCUUUUUAGCUCUCUUAUAUAAUAAUUUGUACUUCUGUGCAGUUCGUUAUGUUGAUCUACAUGAGGGACGAGAUCUCAGCCGAACUGUUUGUUUCUACGCAAUCAAAACUGAGGAUCCUGUUGUCCUGACGCAUGUUUUGAUUUUGGAUUCAGAUGACUCUGUAUCAUUUAGUUUACUGGAUAAUUUAUUUAUGGUGCACUAUCAAAAGGACAAGGUUACCUCAGUUUAUGAUAUCGCUAUUACGGGUACUGUAAAUAACAACAUCAGUCAUCAUAAACCAAUAUUGAAGAAAGUAAUGACUGCACCAUUUAGUCUACCGACUAAAAUUGUUCCUGCCUUGUCGGCGAAUUUGGACACUCAGUUUCCUGUCGACUUAUAUUCAACUAAUUGGAUUAUUAACCUGUGCGGUGUUGUAAUUGAUAAUAAUUUAGGUUGUUCGUGGUUAUUAUGCUCGGAUAAUAGUGUCGUUCCCAAACUAAUCAAUAAUCACAACCUAACUGUCGAGUUUCUUCUGCAUCGAUCUAAUGGUAAAAGUUCUCUAUUGGACUACUGUUCAAAAUUGAUGUCAGAUAGCAUUGACGAAGUGAUUUCAAUCAUUGAUCAACCUCCUGUGUUCGAAUUCAAUGCUCGUUCAUUGAAUCGACGCUUGGAUCAAUUCGUGUUCAUCUUUAAGCGAAUAUGCGAAGUGUCCUAUUCCAUGCCUACUGGUACCAGAGGACAUCAUAUCCAUUCUGAUACAUGUAACUUCGAUUCUAUGAACAAAACAUUAAACACGUGUUCUUCAUUACCUGCUAAAAUGAAAACAACAUAUGAAGACAACAGUUUGAUUUCAUCUGCCAACGACGUUGUCACUCAGUCAGAAAUAUACACCCAUAUAUUUUUAAAAAACCAACGAUCUGAGCAUUCGGAAGUUCGUAAAUUCCUGUGUUCUGUAGUGGUUGAGUACAUUCGGGUAUUUUUGGAGCACAAUAUUUGCGUGGAACAUUGUUUCUACGAACUCCUUGUUAGUCUUGUGGCAAGAAUUGGGAAUUAUAUUCAAUACAGUUAUUAUAUUCAAAGUCGUUUGAUUGCAGACUCUAAGCCUAUUGCAUUACAGCUUUUGUCUUUGGAAACAGUAUAUCCUCCGGCUGGCCAGUUAGCUAUUGAUAUGUUGAAGAGGUUGGAUACGUGCAAUAGUGAACUGUUUGAUGCACUACUUAUUAAACAACGACCUUUGGAGGCAUUGAGGUUUUCUAGCUUGCAGUCUUCGGUUAACAUUGUCGACACGGAAAAUAUGUACAGCCUUCUAGAUACUGCUGAACAGGAUGGGGAUUCUAUCAAGUUUCAUUGUGUUUAUCAUUAUUUGAAAGAAGGCAACUCAUUUUAUAAGGAAAUUUUCCGAGAUACAGAUGAACGGUUCGAACGUUUUACCAAGCAUUACAAUGAUACGUAUUCAUGAAAUGAUAUGCAUGUUCUUCUUGGGAAGCACAUUCAUGUAUUCUGGAUCUUCUUUGGAUAAUGCCAUCCGUUUUUUAUUCCUUGUGUUCUCGUGUUGCAGUUGUUGUUUUCUCCUCAAUGUAUCUCUAAAUUUGACUAUUUUGUAUUAUUUUAUGCCAACAAAAUCAUUAAUAUACUGCUGAGAGCUUAAUAACUAUAUAAAAAACCCAUGUUGAGUCAUUUGAAUAAACAUGCAUCAUAGUGUGAUAUUAUGCAGUUGCUGCUUA